UCGAUCGAUAUUGGCACAGCGCGUAUGUGGGUAUCGUACGAGCGGAGAGAAUGGAAAGAAUCGAAGCCGAAGGAGGCGUAGUGAAGGGAUUCAUCGGUGCGAUCCAGCCACCGAGGCUGGAGGACGCCGGCCUGGAGUACUGCGCCCUCCCGCCAAAGUCUAUCAUGGAAGCCUUUUCUCGAGCUGCCGCAUCCCUCAAAUCUCGCGUCGCCGCGUCUUUCUCCGGCUCUGCAGACGACUACGUUGACGGAGAAGGCGGCGGAUGCGUUCAGGAUCCCGGCCCCAGCAACGGCCAGAUACCGGACAAGCUUCUUGGCAUCGGCGAGAUGUUUCCGCCGGCGUUCCCUUGUUGUGGCACUGGGGGAAAGGAGGCGGAGAUCGAAGGCGCUACGGAUGAGGUGGUCGUUAUUGGCGCCGGAGGUGGGGAGAUGGACAACGAUAGGGUUUUGGUUGUGGGUGGAGCAGGAUAUGAGGGAGAAGGCGGGGAAUCAGAUUUUGGAGGCAAGGGAGGCUGCACCGGUGAUGGAGGACUGCUUCCAGGAGUGAAGAAUGGGCAUGCCCAUGACGGGGAUUUGGACGACGAUGAUGAGCAUAAGGACGGACCUAUACUUAUCGAAGGACUAAUCUAAUUAUGAAUUAUUACUAGGGUUCAAUUCCUCUUAUUAGUAGUAUACUUGCAUUGUUAUUGUUUUCAAUCUCUGUUUUUGUAAUUGUUGCAACGGAAUUAGAAUAUUGUUGUUUUCGUAUGCUAUUUGCUAACAACAUGUGCGUUCUGUGGCGAUCUUGCUAGUUUUUAAGUUUGCAGACUCACGAGAUCAGAAUGUAUGGUUGAUAAAACUUGAUAGUGAUGGUUAAGAACUUGAGAUGGAACAUUA